AUGUCGAGACCACGCCGGGCACCGACUUCGAGUGCGACCUCGAGCCGGCCCGGAAAAGAGAGAUCCAUGGUGCGCGGGGAACUCGCUGUCGCCAUUAGCUCUACGUAUCGCGCUUAUCACCCCGGCCGAAGACGUCUCGCUCCCAUUACCCUCCUACCGAAACACGACACCACGGCGUAUAUCCAUGACGAAUACAAGACCUUGCCAAACAGCAAAGACAGCAGAGUCCACAUCAAUUAUCUCGUUGGGUGGACGGACCUGCAGGCUGGAAUGAUCAGUGUCGACGCUGGCAGUAUACACGAAUAUGUAUCGGCUCGGGCAUACGAGGACUGGAAUACCAAAAAGGCAGCUGAAAGGGACGAGGAGCUCAGGAAAGAAGAGGAGGCCGACAACGUGAAACUUGUCGAAGAGGCAGAGAUGAAAGAGCGCGGCAUACACCUCCGCAACGGCACUCUUCAGGUACCAGCUCGGAGCAUCUCCAGGGAUCAUGCUGUGUCUAGCAUACCACUGAAGGACAGAAGGAAGAAGGCAAGCAAGCAUGUUCACCAGCGCGCUUCGCCGGUGCCUAGGGACAGUGCGCCCAUGAUCUUAGCGCCGACUGCGUCGUGUAGGGAUAUAGAGGCUGACGGCCGUCCCGACUCCGCUUGCGAUACAGACGCGUCCAUUCGACGACAAUUGGAAGGCGAUGACACGACCGGCGAGAGCGAAUCUCUGACGUAUUCCUCACGGCCAAUCUCCACGGUGUCCAUGACAGGUAUAGGAAUGUCAAGCGGACCUAAAACUGUACUUAAAAAGCGACGGAGAUCCUCACUGUCCCAUUUGCAACAACAGGAUCCUUGGCGAGAUCUGGAUGCAAGCCGCGCCGGCGGCUCAACCGCUCGGAGCUCUGCCAUGCGACAGAAUCUACAGCGUCCUCCCGUCAUCGCGUCCGGGCAAAGCCCAUCGACGGACUCACCGAAAAACCAUACCCCAGCUUUCAACAAACAGACUCAAGGCAUGUCCUCUCGGUCGGUCUCGCAGCCACUCAAAAGCCUUCAUGAGGCCGCAGGUGACUCGCAAACAGAUGAAGCCAUGGGGCCACGGCCUGUUGCAUCUCUCAGCUCGACCCAUGUUGCCUCAGCUGUCGCUCGCCCUCCAACAUCGACAACCCAGUCCGCAACACCGCUUACAGGUUUCACGCCGCUGGGUGGCCGUCGAAGUUCGCCAUGGACCCGGAUGAUCAAGUCCCCCAGCAUCACCGAUUAUCAGCCCUCUAUAAGAUUGCCAAUCAACAGUAAAAUGAUACCAAUGGACUCUCCUACGGCUUUAUUAGCCAAACCACCGACGAAGAAUCCCAAAAAGGUACCGUUGAAACCGCCAGUGCAUCCUGCAGAACCCGAGGAUGAAUCAGAAGAGGUUUAUGAAGUCAAGCGGCUCGAAGACACCAAGCUCCUCGAUACCGAGAACGGCGUUCAGCGGAUUUUCCUUGUUCGAUGGCAAGGCUCUUGGCCUGAGGGACAGAAUCCUACGUGGGAGCCCGAAGAAAAUAUUCCCCAAGACCUGGCUCGGAAGUUUAUGUUGAAGCGAAAAGCAGGAUUAGGCAAGAACAAAGCCACCGACACUGCACGACGACCAGCCUCGCCGCCGUGGAAACAGCAGAGAAAGUGGUCAAGCGUGUCCGAGGCUUUCGCUGGGGAAGACAACGGAUCCGACUUGAGAACAACUGGCAUAAUCAAAUUGGAAGUCCGCGAAGCCAUGGGUCACGAUGGUGAGGAACAGCUUCUUGUUGUCGAUGAACAGACUCCGACUAGUAAGCCAGCAUUGAACUGGGAUAUGCUGAUGGGUAGUAAAUUUGGUGGAACAGCAUAA